UAGAUGUACAUUGUGCAGUGAGCACAGCGCUCCCCACUGCCUGUUGUUGUAGUGACAUGUGUGGGGAUGAUACACCGCCGUGAUCCGUCCCAUGUCUCACACUGAAGCCUCUCUCUCUUUCUCUCGGCCAUGUCAGAUCUCGCCUUCCCCUCACAUUCAUUCUUUCACUGACUGACUGCGCUCCGACCGCCGCUCUCAAUUAGCAGCCUCCCUGGCUGUCCUGGCUCAGCGAUGGGCGCCCUGUGAUUGGCCGAACUGGGUCACGUGCGGCAGCGGCGGACAGCUGGCUGCGGGGGAUCGCGGUCGGCGCAGCCGCUUGCUCCCGCCUCGCCGUCCGGGCCUCAGCGCUGGGCCUCCGGCUCUCCUCGUCCGUCACAGCAUGGGAGACAAAAAGAGCCCUACCAGACCGAAGCGACAACCGAAGCCCUCCUCAGACGAAGGCUACUGGGAUUGCAGCGUUUGCACCUUCAAGAACAGCGCCGAGGCCUUCAAGUGCCUGAUAUGUGAUGUGCGCAAGGGGACCUCCACUCGCAGUUGCCGCUGGAGACUGGACUGGGUUGGCGUCAGAAAAAGAAAACCUCGACCUGUUUCCCAGCUGGUGUCACAGCAAGUAACACAGCAGUUUGUACCACCCAUGCAGACCAAGAAAGAAAAGAAAGAUAAAAUUGAGAAGGAAAAGAGUGAAAAAGAAGCGCCCAUUAAAAAGAUCAGUAAUAAGAAAACAAGGCCCCGGUUGAAAAAUGUGGAUAGAAGUAGUGCACAGCAUUUGGAGGUCACUGUGGGGGACCUAACUGUGAUUAUUACAGACUUUAAGGAAAAAACAAAAUCCCCACCUGCAUCCAGUGCCACAUUAGUGGAUCAGCACAGUCAAAGUGGAUCUGGCUCUGAAAACACAGAGAGAGGAAUAUCCAGGUCAUCUUCACCCAGAGGAGAAACAUCAUCAAUAAAUGGGGAAUCGCAUUAAAGUUCUCUUCACCUUUUCUAGUCAUUAACUGAUAUUGUGACAACCAUCUUCUGCCAAUAGUCACCACAGUUACAUAGGGAAAAUCUAAUGCUAAUCUUAUAUUUUUCUGAAGAAAAAAUGGUUAGGUAUGCACUUAUUUUUUUAGUCUACAUUUGUAAGUGCACAUUGGAAAAUGCAGCUUUCAGGUAAGUGACACCAAAUCAUGAGACGGGUUCCUAUAAAAUAAAAGCUUGCGUACCCCUGAUCUGAUCUUGGCAAGAUUUUGACUUGUUUAAAUUUACAAAAAUUGUUCAAUAUGUAUAACUUGUUUACUGGAUGCUGUAGCCUAGAGCCAAGCAAUAGCAAUACAGGCUUACUAAAGAGCUGAUGAUCUUCAGGGUCACCAUCACUGGAUGUGUAUGCUUUACACUCUUGAAUAAUCUUUGAUUCUUAGAAUAUAUUGCUUUCUGUAUAUACCAUUUUGCACAACAGCAGUUUUGUUGGUGGUCAAAUUUAUGUAAACCUGUUAAUGUCUGUGACUCCUUAACACAAGGUCUGCUCUAGACUCCUAAAGGUGGCCAUACACAUAAAAGGAAUGUCAAAUAAUUCUGUCACGUUGUUGGGUAAUCUGUCUUUUUAAGGGUGUUUUAGCUGUUUUGCCAUUGGAAAAGUCUAAAAAUUGUAAAGAUUGAAGUGUUAUCAAAAGGGUGCAUAUAUAUAUGUUGCCAGUUUGUCUUUAUAUAAAAAGUUUACAUUCAUAAAUAACCUCGACUUCCUUUUAACCUCAAUUUUCACUUUACAUCUGGGAGCAUAGUUGUUUGCACAACAUCAUUGUCGGUUAAAGCAUGUAAUGAGUUUUGCUUAUAUCACUUUAAAUUGUUUCUUUAGAUAGUAGACCGGAAAACAAACAUUCAAUGUCCCAGCUAUUUGUUUUCAGACUACCUAAUACUACAAUGUAUGGCCACCUUUUAAAGUUCACUUUUCGGAGCAGGUUACACCCAUAUUAAGGGUGUAAUCUGCUCCCAUGCACCCACCACCAGCGCUUCCCUCUCUUUGACAGUGGGUGGGGGAUUCUCACUCCCCACCCGCUUCCACUUUUUGUAAAUGACGUGGCUGUGUAGAACUCCACCCACACAGACGCAUCAUUCAUUCACAAGUUCCUGUUAGUAAAAACAAAAACUACUACCAUUUGCCACCAUGGCGUAUUUUGAAUGGGCUGUGAGCGUGCUGCUCAGCAUUCAGUCUUCCUCUAGCUUUGUGACUGGAAGCUUGUACGGGGAUGCGGGCACAAAGCUAGAGGAAGACUGCAGGAAUGCUGUGCAGGCUUCAGUAAAAAAAUAAAAAUUAAAUGCACAUUUUUUUUUUUUUUUUUUCCCUGCAAAAAAUGUUUUUGUUUUUAUUUCAUUUUUUUGAAAGGUGAACUUUGCCUUUAAUGCUGGUUCUCACAGACAGAUGUUUAAGAAAUUUAGUCACUACUUGAAUAGAGAUUAUCGAUGUAAGUUGCACACAUCACCUGAGUAAAUGGUCUCUUGCAAGAAAAAAAUAGAUCUGCAAGUGGGAAAGUUCCUGACUAAACAAGAGUAAAUACUUGUGUAAUUCACAAAUUCGAUCCAUUUUUCAGUUCUUAUUGCUGCUGCAGAAGGUUGGUUAUAUUAUAUGACCUCACAUGGAUGAUUAUAUGUAUAUAUUAUGGCCUAAGUCAGUAAAGACUUGUUCACGGUAACACAUGUGCUAAUGAGUGUUGAUGAACCCUAGAGACAUUGAGCUGUGCUGUGUUUUUGAAUUUUUUUUUGUCUUGAAAGGCAAAAUGUAGCAUGUGGGUUUUUUUGUCCAACAAACUGUGAUUUCAGGGUUGCCAACUGUCGGUAAAUUCAGACAAUAUGUGGAAUCCAUGAUUUUUAGAUGUGUCUGUGAAUGUCCAUUACAAACAUGCAGACUGCAUGUCCAUAAUGGACAUUUACAGACACAUGUAAAAAUCAUGAAUUUUAGAAACUGUGAAUUUACUGACAGUUGACAACCCUGAAUGUGUUGGUGUGAACAUGUCCCACUAAAAACAAUAGAUUGUUGCUAGCAUUUUGCCUAAGAUGGAAAAUGUUACUAAAAUGCAUGACCACACAUCCAGCAUAAAGAAGCCCCAAUACAAAUGUUUUUAUCUUGUGAAAAGCUUGGCAUGUUUCUACCUGAAACUGAGAAUCAAGUUAUAGAAGCCCUUCCAUUUUUAGGUGUUGCUAACCCUUUAAGAUGGAAUACUACUGUGCGUAUAUAUAAAUGUUUAGAGUACUUUCCAACCAUUCUUUCUUACAUUAUGUGCUUGUAAUACAUAAUAAAAAAAAAAUACACCACUAAUAUUCUGGGUGGGACCCUGACAAUUGCUUAGAGCCCAACCCCAGCCAAGUUUUUUUUUAUUUUAUUUAGUUUUAGAUGGACCUGUGAAGGGUUAAAGCCUGUGCCAGGUUUUUAUUGCUGUGUGCGUGUUGUGUGUCCUCAUUGAGGAGAUUCAUCCUCCCUUCCUUUUUGAUGGGGAAUCUGUCCAAUAGGGACACAGACAACAACAUCCCAUUUUUAAAUAGAGUGGGGAAGGGUUGUAACUCUUGAUAAUGUUUGUUUUUAUUACUGUCCUUGGUGCCUUCCUGUCCCAGUCCCUCUCGUUUUCUGGGAUGGGAAGAGAGGAAAUUUCCCCAGUGGGUCUCAGUAAGAAAUCUAAACCACCUCCCUCACUCUUUUUUUUUUUUUUAUAAUGGAGAAAGAAAAAUGGCUGGAGUUUGGUUGUAAUCGAAAACCUAGUGAUUUCACUAACCGUCAUAUUGGGGUUUAGAAAGUUCUGAGAUGAGAAUUACGUCUGCUGUCUUAUAGACAUUUAUUAGUUGAGUUGCAGUUUAAGAGAAACUUGUGCAUUGGAAAGAAAUUAGACUGCCAUUGUGACUUUCGUAUGAAACUGCUGUUUGCUGGGCUUUCCCUCACUUUAAUGCUGCGAGUCAAAAAGUAUGCAGCUGGUGAAGUCGGGAUACUUGAUCUGUGCACUUGUUUCAUGUAAGCCACUGGAGGAGUAACAAAGCCAUAGGAGCUGGAAAGUAAUAUAGCAGCCUAUGAAUUUCCGUCAAUGCAGGUUUUUUUUGAAGAUGCCAACCGCUAAAUUGGAGAUUAUGAACAAUGAAAAUACAGUUACAUGCAAAACACAUACUCUACAUACCCUUGGCCUCCUGGUAUUACAGAUGUAAAGUGAUUGUAAACCCUUACAUAUACCUAGUGAAGAGACUAUCUUCAGGUAAUACACAGAAAUAGAACAAAUCCUCCUACAUAAGUUGUACCUGUUUAUCUGUAGUCUUCUCGUCUUCCUUUCACAGUGCUGAAUUCAUCCGCUUGUCUGACAGGCCAGUAAACGGGUGCAGAGCUGACGUUGGGCUGGCCAUAUAUCAUACAAUUUUCUUUAUAUUUAUUUUCUUCUAUGUAGUGUGAGGACCUGCCUGAUUGCAUACAAAUUGAAGUUAUUUGGGUUUGUCCUCAUAUUAUAUGGUUUUGGUAAAUCUGAAGCAAAAUUGUAUAAUGUAUGGCCUGCCUUACACUUUGGAGAGCUCAGUGAGGUCUGAGAGGCAUGACGGCUGAUUGGAGGGAAGAAACAGAACCUCUUUGCGCAGCACAUAGGCACAGAGCUGAGGCUGUCAAUCGGCUCUGACACCAUUUUUCUCUUGGUGUCAGGAAAAUCUCUCAGAAGUGACUCGGAUAGCAGAGAAAUGACGCAGCAGACAGCAAUGACACUCGGUGCUCUUAACUGAGACAAGUACACACUAUAGAAUUCUAUGCUUUGUUCAUAUUUCUUGUCUGAGGUUUACAACCACUUUAAGGUUUAGACAUCUGUGUGAUCAGGAGAACAAGUUUCCUGUGCAGAACUGCAGCUCCACUUUAAGGUCAGCUGAUGUUGGUGAAACCAGUAUCUCUUCCUGAAUUAAAGGGCAUAGGUGAGAGGGAUACCCCAACCCCAUGAUUUCAAAUGUAUUCAAUAUCAACGUGAAGUAUUGUCACAUCACACUGUAAAUAUGAUUUUUGCAUAAUUUACAAAUGAACUAAGCUUGUGAAAAGGCUGAGAUGGUGAAAAAAAAUAUAAGCACUAAAAUGGUUUCCCCAUAAUUUGUGUGGUUUGUUUUAUGCAUUUAGCUGAUGAUGCAAAUGAACUUCUACCUGACUGUCCUAAACACACAAGAAAUGGAAAAGGGGAUCAAAUAACGCACCAAAUUAAGGAAUAUUUCUUGCACAUACAUAAGUUUCAAAAACGGUAUUCAAUGUUAAGGUGAAGGGGAACGAUGUAUUUUCCUUGAUUAUGACUGUUUACAUGAGUCCCUAUUAUUGGUGAUAUACACUAGAGCCCUCUGUGUACUAAAUAUUUUCAGGCACAAAAGGUUUGAGCACACAUUUGUAGUCUUAAAUGUUACAAAUUAAUGUUGAAGUGCCAUGGAGAUGUGGUUGAUCAUUUUGUUAUGCAGUGUUAUUAGUAAUUCCAUCUUCACUUUUAGGUUAGUCAGUACUAACACUUCUUGAAUAGAAUUUUACAGGCAUGUUUUGAAAAAAAAAAAUAUAGUUCAAGCUGCAUAAAUAUGUAUUAUUUGGUUGGAAAAUUGUGAUGCAUAGUUUUACGUAUACAGCUCAACAAAUGAAUUUAGUUAACUUUUACUGCUACAGGAAUCUCAAAGUAACUAUUUUAAAUGCACCUGCUGGUACUUGGUGUGAUUUAAAUAGGAAAAAUAUAAAUAAAGCCUUUGUAUGAAAUGUU